CGGAAGCAAGUUUCAUUUCAGCUCCACAUACACAAACUCUAAAGUUAAUAUUAACUACGGAGGGAUGGGCUCUUUUUUCUCUCAUAUAACUGGAACUAGAGGAAACUGACGUGGGUAUGGAAAUGCAGGAGGCUUUGUGAUAUAAAACUACUUUUAUUAUUUUCUGUGGCUUGUUUGUUCUUUACUCCUGAAGUUGGUGGCAUUGGGAGAAGCAAUGCAGAAUGGGAAACUGGAUUAGUUACUUUACUGGCCGGGCUGUGGAUCCAGCAGCAUCACAGUGUGCUUUGCCUCAGAUCGAAAAUGGAAAUAUGACAGUCACGGCCCAGAGUGGAGGUGUCGUCAGCACACCUCAGUUUGCUGGUGUUCAUGUGAAAAGGGAUCUAACUGUCAAUGUGAGCAACACAUAUGUCCAACAUCCUCCCAGGACAGAUGAGACUGAUGCUGUUUCUUCCAAAACUGAAGAAAACAUCCCAAGGUGCCAAGCAAAACUAAAGUCUUACCUUCUAAAUGAAACAAAGAAUCUGUUUCAAGGGACAAACGAGGAAGAAUCAACUGCUUUGAACAAGAUUUAUACGGAGCUUUACAUCACAGAAGGAGACAGUGGGGAGGUUAAUAGUGAACACGAAGUGAUUGAAUUAGAAUGUACAAGGAGUACAAGUGAGGACAAGAAAAUCCCCCUCAAUAACAUUUUUGAACCUUUAUCCAACGAAGAGAACCCUCCUCAGAGAUUCCUGACGAAGGGAAUUGCUGGCAUUGGAAAAACUGUUGCUGUGCAGAAAUUCACUCAUGACUGGGCAGAAGGAACAGCCAAUCAAAACAUCCAGUACAUAUUUCCAUUCACAUUCAGAGACUUGAAUUUAAUCAAAGACAAGAGUUUCAGUCUUACUGAAUUAAUAGGUUACUAUUUUGAAGAGGUGAAGGAUUUGGAAACAUCAGACUACAAUGAUUCCCAUGUCUUGUUCAUCUUCGACGGCCUGGACGAAAGCAAAUUCCCUUUGAACUUUAAGACUAAUGAGAUGUGUCGCAGUGUUACAAAGACAACAACAAUAGAUGCCCUACUAACAAACUUAAUGAAAGGGAAACUGCUGCACCACGCUUUGGUCUGGAUCACAAGUAGACCAGCUGCAGCCAGUAAGAUUCCUCCAGAGUUCAUCAACAGAGUGACCGAGGUACGAGGCUUUAAUGAUGAGCAGAAGGAGGAGUACUUUCAAAAGAAAAUUACUGACAAAGAUGUUGCUCAGAAGAUCUUCAGUCAUCUUCAGUCAAAGCCGUUGAGAAGUCUGUACAUCAUGUGCCACAUCCCUGUGUUCUGUUGGAUUUCAGCCACUGCUCUCCAGAGUCUCCUCACACACACUCAUGAAAGUGAGUUGCCCAAGACUUUGACUGAAAUGUACUCACACUUCCUGAUCAUCCAGACAAAGCGCAAACUACAGAAGGAUUAUCAGGAAUGUGAAGGAGACAAAGAUGUGAUCAUGAAGUUGGGAAAGCUGGCAUUUGAACAGCUAAAGAAGGGCAACGUAAUCUUCUACGAAGACGACCUGAAAGAUUGUGAAAUUGAUCCAAAAGAGGCUGCAGUUUAUUCAGGAGUUUGUACACAGAUCAUAAGAAAAGAAUCUGGUCUUCACAAAAAAGAGAUUUACUCAUUUAUACAUUUGAGUGUUCAGGAGUUUCUUGCAGCUUUGUAUGUAUUACAGACCUUCAUAGAUAGUGGAGAAAAUCUGCUUCAGACCAAAACGAGCGUGAAAGUGGCGUGUGAGGAAGGAGAAAUUCCUAUCAUCCUCCUCCACAAGAAUGCUGUGAAUGAGGCUUUGGUCAGUGAUUAUGGACAAUGGGACUUGUUUCUUCGCUUCCUGCUCGGUCUGUCGCAGGAUAAAAAUCUGAAGCUUCUUCAGCAGAAACUUGGAUUCAAAGACAGACGUCCGCAGAGCAACCAGGAGACAAUCGAGUACAUUCACGAGAAGAUCAAGAGACUGUCUUAUACCGACAAGAGUAUCAAUCUGUUCCACUGCUUGAAUGAGUUGGGUGACCAGUCUCUGGUAGAGCAAGUCCAAAGGUACCAGAGCUCAGGGGAUGUUAGUAAAAUUUCCCCUGCACAUUGGUCAGCUCUGGCCUUUGUGCUGCUUGUCUCAAACGAAGACCUGGCCGUCUUUGACCUGAAGAAAUACUCCAGAUCAGAUGAAGUUCUGGAGAGACUGGUACCAGUGCUCAAAGUAUCAAAGACAGCUUUGUUGAGUGACUGUAACCUCACUGGCAGAUGCUGCAGGUAUAUUUCAUCAGUUCUAAGCUUGAAGUCGAACAGUCUGGAGAAGUUGGACCUGACCAGAAAUAAACUGCACGACCCCGGAAUCAAGCUGCUCUCUGACGGCCUGAAAAGCCCCAACUGCAAACUACAAAGACUCAGUUUGAACGAGUGUAGUAUUACAAGACAAGGAUGCCUGUCUUUAGCCAGUGGUCUGACUUCAACCCUGAAAGAGCUGGACCUCAGCAAGAAUAAAAUUCACGAUGAAGGAGUGAAGCUGCUCUCAGAAGUUCUCAACAAGUGUUCUUUGGAAACGCUGAGGUUAUGUGACUGUGGCAUUACAGGCGAUGGACUCGAACCUGUGGCUUCAGCUCUCAGCUUGAACCCAUCUCAUCUGAAAAACCUUGAUCUGAGCAGAAACAGUUUUAAAGGCCAGGCAGGUGCUCAGCUCUCUGGCUUUCUGAAGCAUCCCGACUGCCAGCUGGAGAGAUUAUGGCUUUUUAAGACGGACCUAGAAGAGAAAUGUUCUGCAGCUCUGGCCUCAGCUCUGGCUUCGAACCCUUCCCACCUGAGGGAGUUGGAUCUGGGAGCGAACAAUCUGGGUGAUGUCGGAGUGACGGAGAUUGCUGCUCUACUGAAGGAUCCGACCUGCAAAGUGGAAGCACUGAGACUGGCUGGCUGUCGCCUCACAGAGAAGGGCUGUGCUGCGCUGGUCUCCAAUCUGAAGUCAAACCCCGCCCACCUGAGAGUUCUGGAUCUGGCGAGAAACGACCUCAGAGACCGCGGUGUCGAAAACCUGACUGAGCUGUUGGCAGAUCCGCACUGUCGUCUGGAGACACUAAACCUGAAAUGCUGCACAUUAACGACGGCCAGCUGUCGGCUUUUGAGCCUUGCCCUCAGUGGUCUCUCUGCCCUGAAAGAGCUCGACCUGAGCUUCAACCGCCUGAUGGAUGAGGGGCUGAUGAUGCUCUCUGAUUGGCUGAGAACACCUGAGUGUAGACUGGAGGUACUGAGGUUGUUGGAGUGCACUGAGAGCAGCUGUGAGGCUCUGGCCUCGGUUCUCAGGUCGAACACUUCACACCUCAGGGAGCUGGAGCUGAGCAUGAGAGAUCCAGGAGAAGCAGAUCGGAGGCUGGUGUCCCAUUUACUGAAGGACAAACGUUUCAAACUGGACGCACUGAAGGUGAAGGAGCGAUCAGCAUCACAGUGUGGUAUAACUCAGAAGGAAAAGGGGAACAUGACGAUCACCUCCCACAGUGGAGGUUUCGUCAGCGCACCUCAGUUUACCGGUGUUCAUGUGAAAAGAGAUCUAACUGUCAACAACACAUACGUCCAACUUCCUGCCAGGACAGAUGAGACUGAUGUUUCCCCCAAAACUGAAGAAGACAUCCAAAGGUGCCAGGCUGAACUAAAGUCUUACCUUCUGAAUAAAACAAAGAGUCUGUUUCAAGGGACAAAGGCGGAUGGAUCUACACCUUUAAACAAGAUUUAUACGGAGCUUUACAUCACAGAAGGAGACAGUGGGGAGGUUAAUAGUGAACACGAAGUGACUGAAUUAGAAUGUACAAGGAGUACAAGUGAGGAAAAGAAAAUUCACCUCAAUAACAUUUUUGAACCUUUAUCCAACGAAGAGAACCCUCCUCAGAGAGUCCUGACGAAGGGAAUUGCUGGCAUUGGAAAAACUGUCGCUGUGCAGAAAUUCACUCAUGACUGGGCAGAAGGAACAUCCAAUCAAAACAUCCAGUACAUAUUUCCAUUCACAUUCAGAGACUUGAAUUUAAUCAAAGACAAGAGUUUCAGUCUUACUGAGUUAAUAGGUUCCAAUUUUGAAGAGGUGAAGGAUUUGGAAACAUCAGACUACAACAACUCCAGUGUCUUGUUCAUCUUCGACGGCCUGGACGAAAGCAAAUUCCCUUUGGACUUUAUGAAUAAUGAGAUGUGCCGCAGUGUUACGGAGGCCGUCACAGUCGACAUCCUACUAACCAACUUAAUCAACGGGAACCUCCUUCACAAAGCCUCAGUCUGGAUCACAAGUAGACCAGCUGCAGCCAGUAAGAUUCCUCCAGAGUUCAUCAACAGAGUGACCGAGGUACGAGGCUUUAAUGAUGAGCAGAAGGAGGAGUACUUUCACAAGAAAAUUAGUGACAAAGAUGUUGCUCAGAAGAUCUUCAGUCAUCUUCAGUCAAAGCCGUUGAGAAGUCUGUACAUCAUGUGCCACAUCCCUGUGUUCUGUUGGAUUUCAGCCACUGCUCUCCAGAGUCUCCUCACACACACUCAUGAAAGUGAGUUGCCCAAGACUUUGACUGAAAUGUACUCACACUUCCUGAUCAUCCAGACAAAGCGCAAACUACAGAAGGAUUAUCAGGAAUGUGAAGCAGACAAAGAUGUGAUCAUGAAGUUGGGAAAGCUGGCAUUUGAACAGCUAAAGAAGGGCAACGUAAUCUUCUACGAAGACGACCUGAAAGAUUGUGAAAUUGAUCCAAAACAAGCUGCAGUUUAUUCAGGAGUUUGUACACAGAUCAUAAGAAAAGAAUAUGGUCUUCACAGCCAGGAGUGUUACUCUUUUGUACAUUUAAGUGUUCAGGAGUUUCUUGCAGCUUUGUAUGUAUUACAGAACUUCAUAUAUAGUGGAGAAAAUCUGCUUCCCAGUCAGACAAAGGUGAAUGCAACACCAGUGAAAGGAGAAAUUCCUAUCAUCCUCCUCCACAAGAAUGCUGUGAAUAUGGUCUUGAAAAGCAAUCAUGGACAAUGGGACUUGUUUCUGCGCUUCCUGCUCGGUCUGUCGCAGGAUAAAAAUCUGAAGCUUCUUCAGCAGAAACUUGGAUUCAAAGGAAAACGUCCGCAGAGCAACCAGGAGACAAUCAAGUACAUUCACGAGAAGAUCAAGAGACUGUCUUAUACCGACAAGAGUAUCAAUCUGUUCCACUGCUUGAAUGAGUUGGGUGACCAGUCUCUGGUAGAGCAAGUCCAAAAGUACCAGAGCUCAGGGGAUGUUAGUAAAAUUUCCCCUGCACAUUGGUCAGCUCUGGCCUUUGUGCUACUUGUCUCAAAUGAAGAUCUGGAUUUGUUUGACCUGAAGAAAUACUCCAGAUCAGAUGAAGUUCUGGAGAGACUGGUACCAGUGCUCAAAGUAGCAAAGACAGCUUUGUUGAGUGACUGUAACCUCACUGGCAGAUGCUGCAGGUAUAUUUCGUCAGUUCUAAGCUUGAAGUCGAACGGUCUGGAGAAAUUGGACCUGACCAGAAAUAAACUGCAGGACUCUGGAAUUAUUCUGCUCUCUGACGGCCUGAAAAGCCCCAACUGCAAACUCCAAAGACUCAGACUGAAUGGCUGUCACCUUUCAGAGAGAAGCUGUGAAGCUCUGGCCUCAGUUCUCAGUUCACAGUCCUCUACUCUCAAAGACCUGGACCUGAGUAACAACGACCUACAGGAUUCAGGAGUGGAGCUGCUCUCCACAGGACUGGGGAGGCCACAAUGUACCCUGGAAACUCUCAGGUUGUCAGGCUGUCAGGUCACAGAGAAAGGUUGUUCUUUUCUGGCCUCAGCUCUGAGCGCCAACCCCUCCCAUCUGAGAGAGCUGGACCUGAGCUACAAUAAUCCAGGAGACUCCGGAGCGAAGCUGUUGUCUGCAGAACUGGAGGAUUUACAAUGUAGACUAGACACUCUUAGACUGAAUGACUGUGACCUGAGAGAGAGAAGCUGUGAAGCUCUGGCCUUAGUUCUUAACUCCCAGUCCUCCAGUCUGACAGAGCUGGACUUGAGUAACAACAACCUGCAGGAUUCAGGAGUGAAGCUGCUCUCCACAGGACUGGGGAGGCCAAAAUGUACCCUGGAAACUCUCAGGUUGUCAGGCUGUCAGGUCACAGAGGCAGGUUGUUCUUCUCUGGCCUUGGCUCUAAGAUCGAACCCCUCCCAUCUGAGAGAGCUGGACCUGAGCUACAAUCAUCCAGGAGACUCGGGAGUGAAGCUGUUGUCUGCUAAACUGGAGGAUCCACAAUGUAGACUGAAGACUCUCAGGUUGGAACAUGGUGGAGAGAAGAGGCUGAAAUCUGGUCUGAAGAAGUACGCCUAUGAACUCACACUGGACAGAAACACAGCUCACAGAAACCUCAAACUGUCUGACAACAACAGGACGGUGGCGACAGUGAGAGAUCAGCAGUCAUAUGGUUAUCAUCUCGAGAGAUUUGACCACUGGCAUCAGCUGCUGUGUAGAGAUGGUCUGACUGAUCACAGUUACUGGGAGGUCGAGUGGGAGGGAAAGGUUCAAAUAGCAGUGACCUACAGAGGAAUCAGAAGGAGAGGGCGUAGUUUUGACUGCAGGUUUGGAGAGACGGAUCAGUCCUGGAGUCUGAGCUGCUCGGGUGAUGAUGGUUACUCUGUCAGUCACAAUAAGAAAAGAGCCGACCUCCCUCCAUGCUCUGACUCUAACAGAGUAGCAGUGUAUGUGGACUGUCCUGCUGGUUCUCUGUCCUUCUACAGAGUGUCCUCUGACUCACUGGUCCACCUCCACACCUUUAAAACCACAUUCACUGAACCUCUUUACCCCGGGUUCUGGGUUGGAUCGGGUUCCUCAGUGUCUCUGUGCUCAUUGUAGGAGUGAUUCACUAAUGUUUGUCUGGUGUUCUUCCAGAACGGGAAUAUUAAUGGGUGUAUCUUCUUUGCAGUUUUAUUUAGCUUUAUUUCUGUUUGGGGUUUUUUUUAUGUAUCUGUAUGUUCAUCUGUAUUUAAAUGUUUAUACAGAGAUCAGUGUUUUACUUGCCCUUUUUUCAAGCAUCAUUCUAAGUUGGUUUAAAAUUUGGAUGAGUCAGUCCCCCAAGCACUUGUUGUUUUGAUUUUCUUAAAGGAGCUAUUUAUACAUAUAUAGUUUUGCUAUUGCUACAUAGCUAAUGUUAGUAUUAACACCUGUUUAGUUACCAGUCGAGGAGAAACGUGUCUUAGCAAAGUUUAACUCUGAACUACCAGGUACAAAUUUUGACCCUUGUUUUUACAACUGAAACUGAUUGGACCAUGACAAGACAUUGGUGAAACAGAUGUUAUGACCGUGGUCAUAUUGUUGUAAUUGGUCUGUUGUGUAUGUGUGUGUGUGUGCCCUGUGUUUCUGUGUUUUCUUAUGUAUGCAAAUAGGAGUGUUUCCCGCCGCCACGCCGUCAUUGGUGGAAAGGCUCUGCGCCCUGGUCGGUGAUUGGCUGCAGCCCCUGGUCACCUGAUAUAUAGUGAGCCAAGAUGGCCGCCGGCUCGUCCUCUCAUUCUCCUCUUCUCCCAACCGGCCACACUGUUGCAGUGACUCAGCUUUGUGUAGUUCUUAGAUUCAUUUGAGUAGUAAGGGUGGGCUGCCAGUUUUGUUUCUCUAGUUAGGCAGGUGACUUUGUUGUCAUUUGUUUUCCUUUGGUUAGAUUAGUGGUUUACUUUCCAGACAGGGUUAUAGUGUUUAUUAUGUUGGCCAUAGUCCACCCUGAAGCCUAAACUCAGUAUUUAUUUUCUAUAUGUCCACUUAAAACCUUUAUGUAAAUAAAUCACUUUGGUUAUAUUUAAACCAAUCUUUGUUGUGGCUACUUGGGACUUGGGGAAGAUGGGGCCAGUUUAUGUUGUGUCCUAGCCCCCCCUAGACUGGGGCAUAACAAGAUGUAAGUAAAAGAGUAAAGGAACCAUGGUUAUCAAACUUCAUUUAAUAAAAGAAAACUUUAUUCUUAUUAUUUCUUUCCUGCUCAGUUGCCUGAUAAAACCCUGAGUCAUGUUUUUCGCAGAAAGGUUCAAUCGUUUUAAAAAGCAUUUAUUGUCAUAAAGGAGUUAUUUGUAAGUUUUGCUAUUGCUACAUAGCUAACAUUAGCAUUAAUAGCUGUUUAUUUACCAGUCUAGCAGAAACAUUGUGAGUUCAGCAUCAAACUUCAUUCAUUCACUCACCAAGAGCUGUCUCUAGAGGUGGAAAACAACACCAAUGUUAACUCUUGUUUUGCUUCUAAUUCUGUCACUUCUUUUCUUCUCCUGAAGUUAGCAUGCUAACACGCUAGCCCUGUCCAGCAAGACCUUCUUAUCAUUUUCUGUCACACAGUCACUGCAACAUCCAGGCUGCCCUGAAGAAGUUGCUGCUCACAGGAUGUAUUAUGACCUCCUGUCUUGUAAACACAAUGAUGGCUGAAGCUCUUUGAAAGACUGGUAAGUAAACAGCUGUUGAUGCUAACUUUAGCUAUGUAGCAAUAGCAAUACUUACAAAUGGCUCCUUUAAGUACCUUGUUGUCUUUAUUAGUGACACACCAAACCUACUUUCUCUCUUGAUUCCAUAUAAACAUAAUCUCUACAGUGCAUAUCCUUUGUCUUUACAGCAACAAUAAAGUGACAAACAAAC